AUCACUACUGCGGUGAGAGGGAGAGAGGGCGAGACCCAGUGAGAGUUCCGUCUAACUCCAGUCUCCCUUCGCGUGUCUUUCACUUCGGUCUCACUUCCUCUCUCGGGGAGCAAGGCGGAUGAAGAGGAGGAGGAAAAGGUUCCUGCGAUGAGGGGCAUGGAGAAGAUCUUGAAGGCCGGGGUGGUGUUGGUUCUCGGGAUGCUGGUGAGUGGGGAAUUCCGAUUGCCCAACACCACCUCUCCCUUGCACUACGACCUCUUCAUUCACCCUCAUCUCGCCACCCUCACCUUCACUGGGCACGUAAACGUGCUGGUAGAAGUGCACGAGAGGACCGAGCUGUUUCACUUGCACUCAAAGUACCUGAAUUACACGGACAUCCGUCUCUUUCCCGGCUACAAGUCUUCCUUCCGGAUCGCCGUGGUGAAACCCUCGGCCCCGAGAUUCCACGUCCUCUCCAACAUGAAUCCUCUCUCGAGCGAGGAAGGAGUACCAGAAGAAGGAGAAACGACAGUACAUUUUCACACGUCCCUCCCUACCGCUACGUACCUGGUUUCCUGGAUCGUUUCGGAUUUUCCCUAUCUGGAAGGCAACACCCUGGGCACCCGAUGUCGGGUGUAUGCUCCGAAGCACCUGCUCAAAAAUGCCCGUUAUGCAUUGGAUCUCACCCUCAACGUUACCCAAUUCUACUCCCAAUACUUCCACACGCCCUUCCCUCUGCCAAAACUCGAUCAAGUGGGGCUGGGAAACUUCUUGGGAGAGGCAGUGGAGCAGUGGGGCUUGAUCUCCUAUAACUACGCCUACUUCCUCUACGACAAUGAAGAGGGGAGCAUUUACGACAGGCAGAAAAUCUCCACUCUUAUCGCAAACAAGAUUGCCCUCCAGUGGUUCGCAAAUCUCAGAACGAUGGAAUGGUGGGAUGACGAGUGGCUCAACGAGGGAUUCGGCAAGUUCAUGGAGUACAAAGGUGACACGUUGUUCCUAUCCCGUGACAUGCAGAAGGCCAUGUAUUACCAAGAUGCCAAAGUUUCUUCCCAUGCCAUCAUCUCGGAAGACAAAGACACUUACGAGAUAUUCGAAGCCAUCGAUCGCGUUACCUACUCCAAGGGUGCUUCCAUGUUCCGGAUGUUGGAAUUCAUCCUGGAACCAGACGGGUUUCGAAGAGGGAUGAACCGUUUCCUUAAUCGAGGCUUGUACGAAGGAGCAGUUACCUCUGACCUGUGGCAGGAUCUCGAUCGAGAAUGGGAAUCCAGGUCGGAAUCCGGUUUGAACAUUUCGUCUUUCAUGAACACCUGGACUCGUCAGAUGGGAUACCCGGUCCUCAACGUUCAAGAAGACGGGCCGCGACACAUCGUCAUCACCCAACGACGGUUCAUACUUUCUCCCAAUGCCACAUUCAACCUCGAACAAUCACCUUACGGGUACAAAUGGGACGUUCCGGUGAAUUUCCGAACGCCAGACUUGAAAAAGAGCGAGUUGUUUUGGCUCCACAAAGAAGACGAUUUCCUGAGGUUGGAGAAGCCGGAGGGUGCUCCUUGGGUCAAGUUGAACGUGGAUCAGAGGGGAUAUUACCGAGUGAAUUACUCUCCAUCCAUCUGGAAGGGAAUCUUAAAAUCUAUUCAACAAGACCACACGAUGUUCAGCGUGGAGGAUCGAACGAAUCUGUUGGACGAUGUGUUUGCCCUGGCCGAGGCAGACCUCGUGAGUUACGAUGUCCCCUUGGAGAUGACAAAAUACCUGAGGAAGGAGACUCAUGUCGUUCCCUGGAAGGCUGCCAAUCGGCAUCUCAUCAUCCUCGGGUCUCGGAGCACCAAUCUGCCAUUCUACAAACUCCUACAGGAAUAUGUGGCGGAUUUGGUGGAUCCGGUGCUCGAGCAGUUGGGCUGGGACGUAAAGCCUGAAGACGGGUUUCUCACGAGGAAACUUCGCGUUCUCGCCAUCCGACUGGGAGGACACUUCGAGAAUCCCCGAUGCCUUCGUGAGGCGGGAGAAAAGUUGAAGCAAUGGCUACAGGAUCCCGAGCAGACCAUUUUCCAUUCCGACGUGGAGAUGGCGAUUUUCAAAUACGGGAUCUACAGCGAAGGAAGUAAAGAGAGUCAGGAAGAAACCUGGAAUGCCCUCUGGAAGCAUUAUGCCGAAGCGCGGAGUCCAUUCAGGAAGAGGCGAUUUAUCAACGGACUCGCCUAUGCAACGGAUACCGGUCUCAUUCUCAGGUUCCUGAAUAACAUGAAGAACGAGUCUCUGGUGGACGAGAGAGACUUCCUACCUCAACUUCAGUCCCUUUCCGCCAAUCCCGCUGCCACCGAAAUCGUCUGGAAAUUCGUCCAGGAGGAAUGGAAUUACUUGACGCGGAAAUUCUCGGAAUCCGCCAUUCGAGACCUCAUCCCUUCCAUGACUUGGACUUUCAACACUCCUGCUCAACUCCAAGCGAUUUUGAUAGACACGAAGUUGCCUGAGACACGAAGUUGCCUGUGUGCUCUACCCCUAGAGUAUUCCUUUAUUGCAUUUUCCACCAAAGACCACUGA